AUGGUUUCCGUCGAGAUCCCCGCCGAGUACGGCUACGUCCUCGCCUCCGCCGUCUCCACCUUCUUCGUUGGCGCCUGGCUCGGCGGCCGCGUAUCCUCCUACCGCAAAGCCGCCCAGAUCCCCUACCCCUACGAAUACGCCUCGUUCGAGCAAGUCCAAUCCGCGCCGACGCCCGAAAAACGCACCCUCCUCCACCAGUUCAACUGCGCGCAGCGCGGCCACCAGAACUUCAACGAGAACCACCCCACCGCCGUCGCGGCCAUGCUGAUUACGGGGUUGCAGUACCCGCUCGCUGCUGCGGGGCUCGGCGCGACGUGGAGUGUCGGGCGCGUGCUGUAUGGGUUGGGGUACACGAACGGCAAGGAGGGGGGCAAGGGGAGGUAUAAUGGCGCGGCGGGGUUGCUGGCGCAUUAUGUUUUGCUUAUCAUGUCCGCGAAGACGGCGUGGGAUUUUGUUAGGGCUUGA